CUUCUUCUUUUUUUUUUAAGCGCCUUAUCCAUUCUUACCAUUCUUUCAACAAAGACAUAUCUACUGGGCAACUUACAUGGACUCGUUAGCUUCAAGGUUGCAAAACAAUGCUCAAUUAUACCAUCGAUUAACCCAGGAUUUGCAACAAGAACAUGAUAUCUCAUUAGCUUAUGAAGAUGUUUCCACUCGACGUUCAGCAGUAUCUGAAAAAUUGAAAACUCUUCAACUUGAACUUGACUUUUUGAAGAAAAGUGCAAAAAAGGAUUAUGACAAUUUACACAAAGCAAGACAUUUUUCUGUUCGAUCGGCAGCUGCUACUUUGAAAGGAAAGAAGAAAGCUUUGAUUGCUAAGGAAGAAGCAGAAUACCAACAAGCAUUUGAAUCUGAACAAAGGGCGAAACGUCAAGUUGAUAUCGUUUCUGCAGAACUAGCUUCUCUUACAGCACAGGAAUCAAAACUUAAACAACAAAAAGAUCAUUUACGGAAUAUAAAAAGUCAAUUGAAUGGAUUAUUAGAUGAGGUAUUUGCUGAGCCUGAUGGUAGUGAAAUCAGAGAACCUCAACUUCGUGCUGAAUUACAAAACUAUAUAGACCAAGCUAAUCUGGCAACUCGUGAUCUACAACGCUUUCGUGAUACUGAUCAUAAUCUGAUACAAGCUCUACGUAUUAUUACAAAGACAAAAGAUUUGAUCAAAGUGGCUAUCAAUUAUGUGUCAUUUGAUCUUUUUACUAGUCAAUUGGUUGAUGAUCAACAAAUCAUUUAUAUAGAAGCUUGUCAACGAAAUACGUGGGAAUGUCAACGUAGAUUGAAUCUGGCUCGUGGAAUCUUACCUGAAAUUCCUUAUCCUGCUACUUUGGAUGUGGUCAAUGACAAUCAUAUGUUAGGGUUACGAUUUGAUGGUGGUUAUGUGGAUAUUGCAUGGAAAGCAAAAACACAACAAGGUUACAAUGUAUUAGUGACGGCUGAAAAGAAUAUACAAAGUGCAAUGCAAUGGGUACGGCAUUAUCUACGUUAUACAGAAGGGGCUAUCGAACGAUUAUCAACAGCAAAGGAAACAACGCAAGCUUCUCUAUAUAACGAACGGCGACGUAUUUUUGAUCGUGCGAUAUCCUCAAACUAUGGAUCAUCAAAUGUGACAGCGACAGCGCCUUCAAUAACGGAUGUUGGAUUAGAGGAUGUACCACCACCUGUUUAUGAACCACCAGUAUCAGCAGAUAACCAUCAACCUCAGAACCCUCACAUUCCUGACGACAUUUUAACCAAUUAUCAAAAUCACUCUAAUCCUUAUUUGGAUCCUUCUUCACUAGCAGUAGAUUCUGGUCGUCAUCUUCGUACAGCAAGUCAAUCAUCUUCCAUAUCAAGUUUUCCUGCUCAUCCACCACCACCACCACGACCAGAACGACAACAAGUCACUGUAUCAAGUACUAUACCAACAUCAAACGGUAAUAAUGCUGGUCAAGUUGGCGUGAAUACUGCACCCAUCAAUUCAAACAAUCCUUUCCGAGCAUCUUUUCAACCUCAUUCAUAGAAUAGAUAUAUAGUUGAUUUCAUUCUUU